UAAAGCAAGCAAAAGAAAUUGGCUCAAUUAAAUGCAGCCUGACACUUCACCCUGGAACAAACCGACUGGAAUAUAGUUUGUGUUUAAUUCUUUAAGUGUAGCUUUAAAGGGGCAGGAAGAUGUCAAGGAAAUGUGCUCAAUAACAUUCCUACGGGAUAUACUUUGGUUCAGAAGACCGUGCUGCCAGAGUGUUGUCUCAGAGUCUGAGAGUGUGGAAUCUGUGACGAGAAGGAAAGGGGAAAAGAAUGAAGAAACUAAACGAGUUGUGCUGUCGAACUUGCCCUUUGAAGCCAAGUGGAAAGAAAAUCCAAAUAGACGUCAUGCAGGCAACAAAAUCAAGACCACCCGAUACACAUUCUUGUCUUUUAUCCCUAAAAAUAUUUUUGAACAGUUUCACCGCUUUGCCAACGUAUAUUUUGUGGCCAUCGUUGUUCUUAAUUUUGUGCCAGUAGUAAAUGUUUUUGAGCCAGGAAUAUCUGUGUUGCCCGUUUGUGUUAUAAUGGCCAUCACUGCUCUUAAAGAUGCUUGGGAAGACUUCCGGAGAUACAAGCUGGACAAGGAGAUCAAUAGCAUGUGCUGCCUAGUAUACAACAGGAGCCAAAACAGCUACAUUGAGAAGUGCUGGAAAGAUGUUCAAGUGGGAGACUUUGUGCAGCUGCAAUGCAAUGAGGUCAUUCCUGCUGAUAUUCUACUGCUCUACUCCUCUGAUCAGAACAGGAUCUGUUACUUGGAGACUGCAAAUCUUGAUGGUGAGACCAACCUUAAACAAAGACGAGUUGUGAAAGGCUUCUCCCAUCAGGUAAGCAACUUUCCUCUCUUUCCUUGGUAGAGGAGAAGAGGAUCACCACCACCUUUAGUGAUGGAAGGGUACAGUUGGGCCCGGGUUUCACAUAUAGAGACAGAGGUAUUCUCAGUAUGUUUCAGAAUUUGAAACCUUUGAUUAUUUCAGUCAAGAUUAGGAAAUUAAAUCAUUAAUUCUAACCCUCCCUACCUUCUUUUUC